AGACCUCGUCCAUAGACAGACUGCAUGUGCCGCAAUUCAGCACAUGGCACUUGGUGUUUACGGUUUUGGAUGUGAAGAUGCCCUGGUACAUCUACUAAAUUAUGUCUGGCCAAAUAUAUUUGAAACAUCGCCCCAUUUGGUGCAAGCAUUCAUGGGAGCCGUAGAAGGAUUAAGAGUUGCGCUCGGUCCCAUCAAAAUCCUUCAAUACUCUCUUCAGGGUCUGUUCCAUCCCGCCCGAAAAGUGAGAGAUGUUUAUUGGAAAAUUUAUAACACCUUGUACAUCGGAGGACAGGACUCACUAGUCGCCGGAUAUCCCCGAGUGGCCGACGACGGACGGAACAACUUUGUCCGUCACGAACUGGACUAUAUUUUAUAAGACCGGGACCAUGUAUCUAUUGCCUUUGUGUUGUAUAUGUUGAUUUAACAUUCAUUUGGUGAAUCGUGCGUUGAUGUUCGGUCGGUGAUUUCGACAUUAAUCGUAGUUUCGUCAUAUUGAGCAAAAUUAUCGGUGCACUUAUUUAGCGAGAGCAUUUAAUAUUACGAUCUUUGGAAAGACGAGUCGAAGACGACUAUUUUUUCUUAAGAGCAUGAUAUAACCGAACUCGAUACAAAUAUGUAUUUAAUUUUUAUUAAGCCCAAAAAAAAAGGUGCAUUUAUAACUCGGAACUGUUAUUAUUUUAUUGAUUAAACAAAGAUGCAGUCUUUAAUCAUUUUAUUUUAUUGCGUAGUUAAUAUUACAUCAUGUAUUUCUUUUACAUAAUAAAUUCAAUUUUCAUCACAUUAA